AGCCGCCACCUAUCCCGUCGCCUAUGAACGCGACCCGCAUUCCGACCGCCAUGAGCGAACAUAGCAACAUGUUCCAGCAGAGUCACUGAACGGCAACAAAAAAAAAAAUCCACACCUGAAAGUAUAUACACAACCGUCAUGUCAUUUAUCUUCGGACGACGACAUUCAGUCGCAUCUACCUCAUCAGCCGAGGGAGAUGCCAUCCCGCGGAGCAACAGUGGCCGAAGGUCAUCGGCUCCGGAUAUUUCGGAACAAAGCCAUGGUCUUCAUGCCAAAGGAGUGCUCCAUGAGAUAUUCCAUAAGCAUCACUCGAACAGCUCGAAUUCGCCUUCGGACCCUGGAUCUCCCAAUCGGACGGAUAGUCCGCCAUCUCAUUCAUCGGAAAAUGUCCCUUCCAAGUCGCAUACCCGCCAUGAGAGCGGCACACACGAGUCAGCCGCCGAAAAUAUCCCGAGCCCAGCCACCAAACCUCACCACUCUCCAAAACAUGACAAUGGCGCGUCUUCCCCUCAUAAGCACCAUCUGACCAUGAAAGAUGUGGAAAUCAUCUUCUCCGGCGCACCAUAUUUUAUGCUUGAGAAAGGGAAAGGUGACCGCUGGUUCCCGCAAGUUAUAUUCCCGUUUGACGACCACGAUCCAGCCAUACAAUGCUUCUGGGACAGGAGACCUCUGCCCCAUGCUUCAUACACCUUGUGCACUCUUCAUGCCCAUUUACCCGUGCCGGAUGAUUGGGUUAUUGAGGGCGAUGCGCCCGUGCAUCUCAGCAGUUGGAAACGAAGCGACGCGCCCAGAAGAGCGACAUUCGACGUCGGGGUUCAGGAGAUUCCGAAUAUGCUCGCGUUGAAUGGCAGGGAUCCUGGAACAGUUGGCUUCCGCUAUUAUCUGGAGCUGCCGGUCGCCGAUGCCGCCCGCUACAUAGGGCCAGGAGUCCCACGGCCUUCGCCUGGCUAUCUGCACCUGUCCAGCUUGCCAGCGACCGAGUCAUUCGAGCUGCUGGAGCGUUAUGGCCAGCCAUACGCUCUUUGCUCGGACGGCACGGUCCAUGACCGUAAGAAGCUGCUGCGCGAAGGACCGAAUUUUUGGAAGAGGAUUGGUGUUCGCGACAUCGAUCUGCCAACUUUGGUGGGACGACUACAAACAUUGAAGCGGCUGCGCCAUGAAAUUCUCCAUGGUGAUCGCCCAAAGACGAUCCUCGAUAUGCAAUGUUCACGCGAGCUAUAUACCGAACUCUUCACGAAGUUUCUCUAUCCCCCGGUCCGAUUCCUGCUUGCCGACAUGGGCGAUCCCCACAGUUUGAAAGUUCAGAUCAAGGCUUUGACCGUUGUGUUGGCCACGCCUGGCGCAUGGCUGGACUUCAGUCUCAUCGACUGGCGACUCCAUAUCGGCCAACUUCUUUGGGAGAAGCCCCCUCAUCAAGAUGGCGACUUUAUUGAUGUGUUGGCGUCGGACAAGCCAUGGGUACAUUCAACCCUGGAGCGCAAGUGGUUCUUGGUUCAGAUGCUGCUUGCUGCUGAGCUUCUUAUGCGCUUGGACGCGACUGUCCGCGUCGGAAUGCUUCAAGAAUCGCGGGAUAUCAACAUUUCGCUGCGCGAUAUUUUUGAGUUUGACAGGUUGCGGAAUGGAAAGUUAAACUGGGAUCUGGUUACGGUCCGGCGAUUUAUGGAUAGCUUCGAUCUCGACUAUCGUCUCGAAGAUGGCAGCCCUGGUCCAGCAACUCCUAUGGAGGCCGGCCCGUCACAUGAGAAACAUCAUCAUCGGUCGUUCUUCUCUAGUAUCACCCACCAUUCCUCUUCCGGCACGCCUCACAAUGAGUCGGCCUGGAGAUGUCAUCUCCUCCCCAGUCGUGUAACGCAGCAACUGAAGGGUCUUGUUGUCUUUGCCGACAACUUAGGUUGGCCGCGUUUGGAGGAGUUCAAGAAGACUCUCAAGGCAAAAUUGGAGGGAGAGGAGACUGCUCAAAAGGUCAACUCCAUCUUCACUAGUCCGGAGCCUAAUUCAGUCCCAACAGGGCACAAGGUGCCAGAUCUGAGGAAAGCCAUGUAUAGCAGAAAUGCGUCUCGACGUCUCUUGCUUCUACAUCGAAAUAGUGAUGACAGCAACCGUAUUCACAUCGGCGGAUGGGCCACCAGAAGCUGGCUGUCUGGUUUUGUGAUCCCUGGAUCGUCUAUCAGCCACUUCCUCAUCAGUACUGUCCUGGAGAACGAUUCCGAGGCCAUGGCCAAAUUGGGACCGGUGGCCAAUCUCUAUGGUGGCUUCUGUUACGAUGGACGGAGUUGGUGGAGCAAAGCAUGUGUGGUUAGCAGAGUGUUGGCUUGUCUGGAGGGUACCAAAGCGUGCUUAGGAUGGCAAUCCAGUCCGAUUCUACCAAAGGAAUCGGCGACUUUGGGGUCUUUGGUUGAUACCUGGUUUGAGGUCGAGGUCAAGGAGCCGCAGAGCAGACCUGGGAAACCGAGAAUCAAGCAGGGAUCCAAGGUCUCGCUUGAAUCCACGCCCCUAGGUCCUGGGGAUCUAACCAGUGGGGCGUUUACAUUGCCGCUGGACGACCAGAGCGAUAGCGCGUUGAAGGUGAAAAUCACCUUUGAGGACCUGAUCUUCCGGGUCAAGGAGCAAUACCCACCUUCAGCCGAGCAUCAAAUGGCAGUUGUGGAUCUGGCCACUGCGCACUUUUGCUUGUCCUCCGACACGACCGCCACUCCUACCAAGGUAUUCUUCCCACUGAAGUAUAACGUGCAGUUCAUCUCAUCCCAUGAAUGCCGCCCGCCGGGAGGCAUGAUUACCCAUCCUCGCGCCCAGUCUACUAGUGGCGGUAACGGGAGAUCGCCCUCUCCAUCCAGCUCCUCGUCCGACCGGCACCGUCAUCACCGUCUCCCAGGCCACCCGCUACAUUGCCGCUACGCGUACCGCUGGGUUCAUCUUCCCUCCCUGGUGGAAGAAUUCUCCGCACACGACCAGAUUCGGUCGGCAUUCGACCUGGAGGAGACCCUGAUUCUGGACGCGCGUGGCUCCGCCGAGAAGGAAGCAUUCGUGCGAGCAUGGUGCGCAUCGGUGGGAUACCAUGCUAUCAUUGGGCGCGCUGGUCGGACCUGCCUUUCUUGCUGUAUUAGGGAAGCGCGCGCGUUGCAAGUGAAGGUUAUUAUUCGUACGGGCAAUGGUCAUCUUACGCCGAGUUCGUCUGUGCAUGUUCUUUAUGGUGGUGAAUAGUUAUGCGUGUUGUACUUUGGGUCGAUAUGGGUGAUUUUUGGUUGGUUUCACAUUCGUGAAUCUGAGCAACAAUCUAUCGGGGGAUUGCAUAGUUUGUGUUGUACUGCAAAAUCCCAAGCUGAGCAGCUUGAUCAGAAAUCUUGGCAAUUUUUUUUUUUUUGUUUUUUUUUUUCUUUUUUU